CGCAUUCCCACCCUCGCCGCUCAGUGGGACAGCACUAAAUUCAAAAAUAGCAGAGAGGGGUCUCCUUCUAUCUAAAAUCGGAUCCGCCAAGUAAGAAAACAACCUCCGAACCAUUCACAACUCGGACGUACUCCUGGAACGAUUUGCCGUCUUUUUUUCCCCAUCCCAGUUUUCACGUCCGGAGAGGAAGUGCGAAUUGUGGUAGACCAUGGCUCAACUGGUUAACGUGAGGCUAUCUAGGGGUGACGCAUCCCCCUGGGGUUUCCGCCUUCAGGGUGGAAAAGAUUUCGGACAGCCCCUUCUUGUCCAAAAGGUGAAUGGAGGAAGUCUGGCGGAAAGAGCUGGUUUGCAAGUCGGCGACGCAUUGAUCAAAGUCAACAACGUCGAUGUGCAAGACAUGCGUCAUAAAGAUGCCCAAGACACCAUUGUAAGAGCUGGAAACGGCUUUGAGCUCACGAUCCAGAGAGGAGGGACAACAACAUGGAAACCAUCAGUCACUCCUGUGGGAGCUAUGCCUAGCCCUGGUGGAAGAUCACCGCAGACGGUGACAAAGACAUCACUUGCUGCUAAGCCAAAUUUAACUCCAAUGCCUUCUGGGCACAAUGUUACACCAAAACCUUUUGCUGGUGUACAUCAGGUGAACGGAGGAGAUGUUAAAGCUAUCGUUAACAAACAGUACAACUCUCCUAUGGGCAUGUACAGCGAGGCGACAAUCGCCGAGACUCUGUCUGCACAAGCUGAAGUUCUAGCUGGUGGAGCCAUUGGAGUAAAUUUCAUGAAAAAUGAAAAGACAUACGAUUCUCAGAAGAGUGAAGUGUUCAAAAUGAUAAAAGAAGUUGAAAAAGAACCAAAAGACCCAGAGCCAGCUCCCUUGUCGAAUACGAAGUAUUUCUCGAUGACAAGUCAUGCCGUGGGUGGUCGAACUACAUCCCCACGACCACUGACUCCAAUAGCUCGACAGAUGGGCACACCCGAGCUACCACAAGACAAGCCAAACUUGCCACCGCCCUCCUCAACGCCGGGGAGUCCUUCCUGUUCAGAAUGUGGCAAACACAUCGUCGGAGUAUUUGUAAGAAUAAAAGAAAAGAAUCUGCAUGUGGAAUGCUUCAAAUGUGCGACCUGCGGAACGUCUUUGAAAAAUGUGGGAUAUUACAAUAUAAACAAUAAGCUCUACUGUGAUGUCCAUGCAAAAAUGGCAGCGAGGCAGAAUCCUCCAGCACCAAACUUGGAGCCUGUCACAGUUCCACCUGGUGGAAGGAUUCCAACUGGUAGUACUUAUGUUCCUACAAUCCCAUCAGUGCCGACUGCAGGACCUAAAUCACCUCAACCUGGAACUGUAGCACCGAUGCCAUUCCAUGCACCUAGACUGGGCACCCGUCAUGUCGUUUUCCCAAGAUAUGGUGGUCAGACUUCAAGCAAUCAAGCACCAAAGCCGUUUGGAAGCCAAAAUGCACCCAGCACUCCCACUAUGGUGCCUUUCAACUUGCCUUCGGCUCCGUCUACUCCGAUGACUAAUUUCCCCAAGCCUGGUUUCUCACCGUUGAAACCCACUUCCAACUAUAGAGGUGGUGGCAGUAUGGGAGGUGACAAUUUUGGAGGUGGCGGUAUGGGAGGUGGCAGUAUGGGAGGUGGCAGUAUGGGAGGUGGCGGUAUGGGAGGUGGUUUCGGAGGAGGAGUUGGCGGAGGGAAGAGUGGUGCCAUGGCCGGCUCUUCUGCUCCUAAAAGAGGAAGAGGUGUCCUAAACGCCGCAGUACCAGCUGGAGGCAGGGUCCCCCUCUGUGGUCACUGCAAUGGUCAAAUAAGAGGACCAUUCAUAACAGCAUUGGGGAAAAUUUGGUGCCCUGACCAUUUCAUGUGUUGCAAUGCCAAAUGUAAGCGCCCACUUCAGGAUAUUGGCUUUGUAGAAGAACCCGAUGGUCUAUACUGCGAGUACUGUUUUGAACAGUAUCUUGCACCGACUUGCGACAAAUGCCACACUAAAAUCAAAGGAGACUGCUUGAACGCUAUUGGCAAACAUUUCCACCCUCAAUGUUUCAGCUGUUCUUACUGUGAUAAAUUGUUUGGCAAUGAUUUAUUUUUCCUCGAAGACAAUCUUCCUUACUGUGAAAAUGAUUGGAAUGAAUUGUUUACAACAAAGUGCAUAGCUUGUGGAUUUCCAAUUGAAGCCGGUGACCGUUGGGUAGAAGCUCUCAAGAACAACUACCACAGCAAAUGUUUCAACUGCAGUUUGUGUAAGAAAAAUCUUGAAGGGCAGAGCUUCAUCGCAAAAGGUGGACGUCCAUAUUGUAAAACACACGGUCGUUAAUUUAUCCUUACUACAUUGUGUAUAGGCUAGUCAAAACAAUAAUCUUAAAAAAAUGUUUCAUUAAAACGUUUCUGUCUGUCUAUAAGAAUGAACAAAAAGUUAAUAAGUUUUGUCAGUGUAUUGAGAAAAAAUGUAAAUAUAUUUAUUGAGAAGAAAAUCUGAAAGUUUAACCACAGAGAAGUUUUCAAUUUUAACAAGUACUUAGUAACAUUUAUUUAAUGUCUCCACAGUAAAGUUACCAUUUUCAUUUUUUUCUUUUUUUCCCCCUAAAAUGUGUAAUUUCUUAUUGCUCUAUUCUUCUCAUCAAAGCUUUAUUUGUUUUGUGUUAUUUAGUACAUAUGUAAUCUAAUUGUUAAUCUGAUAUAAUGUCAGCAAAGUGGAUAAUGUAUACGUUACUAAAUUGUUUUAAAUAAUUAGGAUAAAUUGAAUUCAUAAACAUAUUGGACAGAAUAUGUGGAUUGAAUUAACAAAUUGUAUCCAUUUACUUAGUUUAUGUUUACUACACUUUAGCUUGAAACACGUUUACUUUAAUGUAAAUACAAGUUAUAAUAAUGAAAUAAAACAAUUAUUAAAAAAGAAUCUUAACUAUGGUGUGUGCAUUUUAGUGUUAGCUGCUUGGAAUGUUGUUUCUAAUAUAUUCAUUAUUUAAUUCUUUAAAAAAAAAUGCUAAAUUCAAAAUACCAGUGAACCAUGUACACUUGGGAAUUAAUUUUCUUUACAAAAAAAUACCUUUUUUUGCUUUUUGCUUUUGAACUAAAUUAUAAUAGAUUAUAUUACUGUCAUUAUUCCCUUAAGAAUAAUCACUUAGGUAAUCAUGCUUAUUCUCACUUUUGUGUAAUGAGUAAAAUAUAUUUUAUUUCAAACCAA